AUGGCAUCUUCCAAUCGCGAUCUACAGGUCACCGGGGACAAGUUGAAGACAGUGCUGAGGGAACAAGUGGUGGUGGGAUGGUUGGACAAGACAACGGGCAGGCGGAGGUAUCUCGGACGACUCGGCGGGGCGGACAACACCAAGGCCAACCUGACUCUGCAUGUUAGACAGGAUGAGGCAAUCGAGCGGCGCCUAUUGAUCAACAUACACGCUCCUAUCAAACUUCAUGCCUCGACCUCCGAGCGCCCCCGCGACAUGUACUUGGUCAUUCCCACAGAACAGCUCUCAUUGACCGUGCAUCUUGUGUCUGACGAGGUGCGCCCGUACAUUUGCGAGAAUCAUCUGAAAGUACGCUGCGACCUCGGCGCUCUCGCCUUCGUUGUGAUGCCCGUCCAACGCCGCAAGUUGCAGAAACCCGUAACUGGCGUUCCCGCCGAGAUCUUAUCCUGCUUGCAGACGCUUUCAGAGACGGGUGAUCUAGACUUGUACCUCAGGGCUGACGAUUACGUCCGGUGUUGCCUGGUCGACAUCAGCUCGAAACUAAAGAACGCGACUACGCCGGCUAUCGACUACUCCUCAAUCUAUCCUGACGGAUUACGCGCUGCUGCAAACUGCUGGUCCGAAUAUCCCGGCGAUGAGGCACACAGCUCCUUAUGGAACCCACUUGUUGAAGACGCCCCCCCACGAUACGAUGAUGCGGUCGUAUCACCGCUGUCGGGCGGAGACAAAGUGGCUUUUGUCAGAUCUACCUUGAGCAAUGGCGUCGAGAGACCUCCGAAACGCACAGCGCACGAAGCUUUCUCGGGUUAUAUGGAGGCUCCCUUGGACUCAGAGCUCACCCCGACUGAAGUGUUUCCAACUCAACCCGAUGUCCAUGCUGCAGGCAACUCUCACAGUGGUAACGAUGCUGCAAAAGACCUCCACAGAAGUUCAGCAGAAAGUCUUCAGGAACGCCUCCGCGCUGCGGCAGCGGCACCAUCUCCUAGUGAUGCUGACACAAUGUUUGUUUGCAACAGCUUUCCACCACCCAGCCCUCCCUUCUAUCCUCUACCUGCAAGCGUCGCUGGCACGACGGUCUCCUCUGUCGCUGCCACCACCGUCUCUGUCGCCAGCGGUGCACUAUCCGACACUCAUCCCCUAGCCGAGACUGUCUACUGUUCACCUGCUCCGCGCUCCACCACCUCCGCCCUUGCGACUACACGCGAGCUCUACCUUUGUAACGACCUUACUGAACUCAUCUUCCGCACGUCGAAAGUUCUUCCAAAGGUGCACGACGACUAUCUGCCGCAACUCCUCCACCUCGGCUUCUGCGCGCAGGAAUGCGACGCCCGAGCGUUCAACGCAGGGCGCGAUGCACUCGUGAGGGCCGUGAUCCAGCAGUGCGCCGCGGCGCCAACGUCGUUCGCAUGGACCGACAACCUCGAGGCGCACGUCGAGCACGUGCGGCGCUGGAUGAACAAGAAUCUGCACCGGGAUGCGGAUCUGCGCGUGCUGGAGGACCUGGUGAAGCUGCAGGCGGCCGCGCUGAGGACGAAGGCCGCCCCGGACGAACUGGCCCAGGCGGUGGCCAGGGAGACGUUUGACGAGGAGAGAGCGUCUUGCCUUGCGAACGCGUUCUGUAUUUUCGGUCGGAAGACUUGGGGCCAGUCUAGUCUAGUCCAGGAUCGUUUUUAG